ACACUCGGAGCUGGGCUCCCCGGAGUCAGCGCCGCCCGCCUCACUCCCUUCGGCUCUGAGAGGCUAAGAGCAGCGGGAGGAAGAACUCUCAGAACUACGGCGACCUCCUUCCCUCCUCCUCUUGGGUCCCGGCUGUCCCCGCGAGCUAACUCUCCACGAGAGGCCCAGGCCAAGCAGGGGCCGCCGCCGCCGGAGCAGACCUGAGUGCCGGGCAAGGAGACCCAGCUGGCGGCGAUCUAGGGGACACCCUGGUGCGGUCAGAGCUCACGAAGGCAGCCAGGAACGCGCCCCACCCCGGGCCUGAUUUCCUCCGGGUGACGAUUGCGACAACCCCGCGGUGACUCACCCAGGCCCUCGGGCAGUGAGAUCCCUGCAGGUUCCCUGCACCUCCGCGUGGGCUGCGGGCUAUGCGGGCAGCCAGCCGCUUGCUUUCGGGUGCCGGGAGCCCUUUUUCUGCACUCUGCCCUUGCCCCACCCCCCUCGCCACCCAACGGGGAGCUUCCCUGGCACGACUGAGUCCCGGGUGCACCGCUGCCUGGAGAGCCGCCGCCCUCUGCCCCGCCUCUCCCCCGCCCCCGCGCCCUGCACUCCCAGCGAAGGUCCUUUGGGGAGCAGACUUUCCAUCUUCCCCCAUUGAAUGGACCCCAGACGCGUCCCGGAAGCUGCGGAAAAUCUUGUUUUGUGAGCGUGCCAAACGACCUCCAGGGAAAGGCUUUCCGGAGGAGGAAACUGCAGAGCAAGACUGUGGUGGGUUGGUACAAAUUCCGGCGUCACUCGGAUCAGAUAAUGACGUUUAGAGAGCAGUUGCUGCACAGAAACUUACAGACGCAUCUUUCAAGCCCAGAGCUUGUUUUUCUGCUGUUAACACCAAGUAUAGCAACAGAAAGCUGUUCCACUCACUGCCUGGAGCACGCCUUAUAUAAACCUCAGACUGGGCUUUUUCAUAGGGUACCUUUGGUGGUUGCCAAUCUGGGAAUGUCUGAUCAACUGGGUUAUAAAACAGAAUCUGCUUCCUGUACGUCCACUGGCUUUAGCAGAGCAGUGAGAACACACAGUUCUCAGUUUUUUAAUGAAGAUGGAUCGUUGAAGGAGGUGCAUAAGAUAAAUGAAAUGUAUGCUGCUAUACAAGAAGAAUUGAAGAGUAUAUGCCAGAAAGUUGAGCAGAGUGAACGAGAAGUGGAAAAACUAAUGAUGGAUGUAAACCGACUAAAAGAAGUUAGAAAAGAACAGCAAGCGCAGAUUAAAGCAGCGGGAGAGAAGAAUGUCCAAAACAACCCCCAGGAGAACAUUCUUCUUUGUCAAGCCUUACGAACCUUUUUCCCAGAGUCUGAAGUUCUUCAUUCUUGUGUUAUUUCUUUGAAAAAUAGACAUAUUUCUCAAAGUGGAUGUAACACGAACCACCAUCUUGAUGUGGCUAAGCUGACCUUAAUGGUGGAGUAUGUUCACAGCCCUGACACUAGUCCAGCCCCUGCAGCCCAGCUAACUAAGCGUAAAGCUCUAGACAUGCAGGACCCGUGGCCUGUGAAGAAACCACGGCUGCUAGAGACAGAAAGCAGACCUGGGAUAGACUCCCGAAGCAGUCACCCAAACCGGACAUCCUCAAGCAGCCUGGAUCUAGACACAGAGAUGGGGAGCACGGAGGAGGAUGGUGAAUAUCCUCGCUCCCCCACGUUUUGAUUCUUGUUAGAUGAUAGUUUUGACUUGAUGAGCUUCAGACCACUUUUUUCUUCUAUUUUUACUGUCUGCUUACUGAAGUAAUACAUAAAGUCCAUGUCUUAUUGUAUUUAGCUGUUCAUAAUGUGUGAAUAAGGUAUUUUUACUAUUCAACUGUUUAUAAUAUGUAGGUAAGUUAAUGUUUUAUGAAGUACCUUAGGAAUUCCUAUUUAUAUCUAAUACUUAAAAUAUGUAAGUAAAUAAAUGCUGUGUAAAUGUGCACAGGUUCAGCUCAGGUACAGCCUCCUCCUCACUUCCAGCCUCUUCUCUCUGUGCCUCUGCUGCAGUGAUUCUCCCUCCCUUUUACAUCUGUGCCCCUGUAGAUUCUUUCUCUCCCAUGUCAUGACCCCUGUCUAGUGUCUUAGCCUCUGUCCAUCCACAUCUGAAGUACGUUUUAGAAAUGGAGAUUGUUUGCCUUAUUUAUAGUUGUGGUACAGGAAUGGAAUCCAGGGCCAUGUGAAUGGUAGGCAACUUAUCUACCACCGAGUACAGUCCAGAUGGUUUUUGGUUUGGUUUUUGUUGUUGUUUGUUUUGAGACAGGGUCUCUCUGUGUAGUUCUGGCUGUCCCCAAACUCACAAGUAUCUGCCGCCUCUGCCUCCAAGCUCUGGGAUUAAAGAUCCAUGCCACCACACCCAGCUAAGAUGCUUUUAUCUCAAAGCCACCAUCUUUUGCUUCCCCCAAGUUAUCAAGGGAAAGACUUAAAUAGACGCAUUCUUUUAACUAGAAAACUCUUCACAUUAGAAAAGAAACUAGCCUUGUUUCACGACACAGAAAAAAAGCACGAAAGUUUAUGAAAUUGAGCCUGGGAGUUGGCUCAGCUGGCACAGGCAUCUGCAGACAAGACUGGCAACCUGAGUGGAUUCCGGGGACCCCACCAUGGAAGGAAAGAACUGUCUUCCACAGGUGCCUCUGAUACUCACUGCAGCAGAGACACAACCUAUAAAUCAAUGUAGUAAGUCUAAAGUUUGUGAAGCCUCACUUUUCUUAUCUUCAUUAAGGUUCCUACUGAAGAGAGAGCCCAGUAAUUGAGGGUGCUUGAAGCACUCCAGAGGACUGGAGUUUGGUUCCAGCACCCACACUGGACAGCUCACGACCACCUCUGGGUUCCUUCACAGGCGUGGGCCCUGCUCUAGGGGAGCUCUUCGCCUUCUCUGUCUCUCACUUGCACACAGCAUACACACAGAGAAAUAAACAU